CCGAGGCGCACGCCGCGGCGGCCGCGGCUCGGAGGGUAGCCCCCGCCGCGGAGGUAGAGCUCGGGAGACCCUCCCGCCCCGCCAGCCGAGUCCUCCACCCAAGUCCCAGCAGAAUAAAUAAAUUAAAAGGCCUUCCCCCGGGGAGGGGGAGGCAGUGUGGGAGCGCGCGAGUGAGGUGGGGGGCCGCCGGGGCCCGGGGCUCUGGCGGCGCAGCUGCCGCCGCCGGGAGAACAUCGGGGAAGCGGCGAGGAAAGCGAGGGGAGGAGGAGGAGGAAGAGGAGGAGGAGGAGGAGGAGGAGGUGCGCGCUCGGGUCGGGCUCCUCAGCGGUGUAUUGUGGGAUGUGCGGCUCCCGCGAGCCGAGCCUCCGCCGCCAGCCGCCUCCCGGGCAGCAGCAGCAGCAGCAGCGGCGGCGGCAGCUCCGGGCUCGGCAGCCGCGCCGGCGGCGCACCCCCCGGCCCUCUGUCCGGCCACCCCGGCCUCGGCUCCCGCGGGGGGACACCAUGUACUGGCUGGCGGCGCAGGGAGGCCGGCGCCCGGCGGGGAUGUUGGGUUAACGGCAUGGAGAACAGUCACCCCCCCCACCACCACCACCAGCAGCCCCCGCCGCAGCCCGGCCCUUCGGGCGAGAGGAGGAACCACCAUUGGAGAAGUUACAAGUUGAUGAUUGACCCGGCUUUGAAAAAGGGGCAUCAUAAACUGUACCGCUACGAUGGGCAGCAUUUCAGCCUGGCGAUGUCCAGCAACCGCCCGGUGGAAAUUGUCGAAGAUCCCCGGGUCGUCGGCAUCUGGACCAAAAACAAGGAGCUGGAGCUGUCGGUGCCCAAAUUCAAGAUCGAUGAAUUCUACGUGGGCCCGGUGCCUCCGAAGCAGGUGACAUUUGCCAAGCUGAAUGAUAACAUACGUGAAAACUUCCUGAGGGACAUGUGCAAGAAGUAUGGAGAGGUGGAGGAGGUGGAGAUUUUGUACAACCCCAAGACCAAGAAGCACUUGGGCAUUGCCAAGGUGGUCUUUGCCACAGUCAGGGGAGCCAAGGAGGCGGUUCAGCACCUGCAUAGCACUUCGGUCAUGGGCAAUAUCAUCCACGUGGAGCUGGACACCAAAGGGGAAACCCGCAUGCGGUUCUAUGAACUGUUGGUCACUGGCCGAUACACACCGCAGACCCUCCCAGUGGGUGAGCUGGAUGCCGUCUCUCCAAUCGUGAACGAGAGCCUACAGCUAUCAGAUGCCCUGAAGCGCCUCAAGGAUGGUGGCCUCUCUGCAGGCUGUGGCUCUGGCUCAUCCUCUGUCACCCCCAAUAGUGGUGGUACACCCUUCUCCCAGGACACUGCGUACUCCAGCUGCCGCCUAGACACACCCAACUCCUACGGACAGGGCACGCCGCUCACGCCACGCCUGGGCACCCCCUUCUCACAGGACUCCAGCUACUCCAGCCGCCAGCCCACACCCUCCUACCUCUUCAGCCAGGAUCCCACAGUGACCUUCAAGGCCCGGCGCCAUGAGAGCAAGUUCACAGAUGCCUAUAACCGCCGCCAUGAGCAUCAUUAUGUCCACAACUCUUCUGCAGUCACUGCAGUGACCGGCGCCCCCACUGCCUUCAGGGGCUCUGUGGACCUCCCAUUCGGGGUGGUCAGUAGCAGUGGAGGCAGCAGCGGUCCUCCGUUCAAGGCCCAACCACAGGAUCCAGCUACCUUUGCCCACACUCCACCACCUGCCCAAGCAAACCCUGCUCCUGGAGUCACAUUCAAGUCGGCUUUCUCUCCGUAUCAGACCCCUGUGCCCCCUUUCCCCCCACCCCCCGAGGAGCCCACCACCACAACCACCUUUGGGGCCCGGGACAGUGGGGAGUUCCGGAGAGCACCGGCGCCCCCACCCCUGCCGCCCACUGAUCCUCUGACCAAGGAGAAGCCAGGCACACCGCCUGGCCCACCACCUCCUGAUGCCAACAGCAUGGAGCUGGGUGGCCGGCCGACCUUUGGCUGGAGUCCUGAGCCCUGUGACAGUCCAGGCACGCCUACGCUGGAGUCGUCUCCUGCUGGGCUGGAGAAGCCGCAUGAUAGCCUAGACUCGCGCAUUGAGAUGCUGCUGAAGGAGCAGCGCACCAAGCUGCCCUUCCUUCGGGAGCAGGACUCAGACACAGAGCUGCAGAUGGAGGGCAGCCCUAUCUCCUCCUCCUCCUCUCAACUCUCCCCACUGGCCCCCUUUGGCACUAACCCCCAGCUGGGCUUCCGAGGCCCCACACCGCCCUCCUCACGUCCCUCCAGCACCGGCCUGGAGGAUAUCAGUCCCACACCACUGCCUGACUCGGACGAGGAUGAUGAGCUUGACCUGGGCCUGGGGCCCCGGCCUCCACCUGAGCCAGGUCCCCCGGACCCCACCAGUCUUCUGGGCCAGACAACUGAGGUAGCUGUGGACCUGGCUGGAGACAGGACUCCAACCUCAGAGAAGAUGGAUGAGGGCCAGCAGUCCUCUGGUGAGGACAUGGAGAUCUCGGAUGACGAGAUGCCCCCGGCCCCCAUCACCAGCGCUGACUGCCCCAAGCCCAUGGUGGUGGCCCCAGGGGCAGCAGCUGUGGCAGCUCCCUCGGUGCUGGCCCCAACCCUGCCGCUGCCCCCACCCCCUGGCUUCCCACCACUGCCCCCACCCCCGCCCCCGCCUCCACCACAGCCUGGCUUUCCCAUGCCCCCUCCUCUGCCGCCACCCCCACCUCCCCCGCCCCCCGCCCAUCCAGCCGUGACAGUGCCCCCACCACCCUUGCCGGCACCGCCACCCGGCGUCCCACCCCCGCCUAUCCUGCCGCCACUGCCGCCCUUCCCCCCAGGGCUGUUUCCAGUGAUGCAGGUGGACAUGAGCCAUGUGCUGGGUGGCCAGUGGGGCGGCAUGCCCAUGUCCUUCCAGAUGCAAACACAGAUGCUGAGCCGUCUGAUGACUGGCCAGGGAGCCUGUCCCUACCCGCACUUCAUGGCCGCUGCCGCUGCAGCUGCCUCAGCUGGGCUGCAGUUUGUCAACCUGCCACCCUACCGCAGUCCCUUCUCGCUGAGCAACACCGGCCCUGGCCGAGGGCAGCCCUGGCCACCCCUGCCCAAGUUUGAUCCAUCAGUUCCGCCACCAGGCUAUGUGCCACGCCAGGAAGACCCACACAAGGCCACUGUGGAUGGCGUCCUGCUGGUCGUGCUCAAAGAGCUCAAGGCCAUCAUGAAGCGUGACCUGAAUCGCAAGAUGGUGGAGGUGGUGGCCUUCCGGGCCUUUGACGAGUGGUGGGACAAGAAAGAACGGAUGGCCAAGGCCUCCCUGACCCCUGUGAAGUCGGGCGAGCACAAGGAUGAGGACAGGCCAAAGCCCAAGGACCGCAUGGCCUCAUGCCUGCUGGAGUCAUGGGGCAAGGGUGAGGGCCUGGGCUAUGAGGGUCUUGGCCUGGGCAUUGGGCUGCGCGGGGCCAUCCGCCUGCCCUCCUUCAAGGUCAAGAGGAAGGAGCCUCCGGACACAACCUCAUCCAGUGACCAGAAGCGACUGCGGCCCUCCACCUCUGUGGACGAGGAAGAUGAAGAGUCUGAGCGGGAGCGGGAGCGGGACAUGGUGGAUGCCCCCUGCGAGCUGGCCAAGCGGGACCCCAAGGGUGUGGGUGUGCGGCGGCGGCCUGCCCGGCCGCUGGAGCUGGACAGUGGCGGGGAGGAAGACGAGAAGGAGUCCUCGUCGGCAUCCUCGUCCUCUUCGGCAUCCUCGUCCUCGGCAUCCUCAACGGCCUCGCCUUCAUCCUCAGCCUCUGACGAGGAGGAGCGGGAGGGCACCGAGGGGGACGAGGAGGGCGAGGAGGAGGAGGAGGAGGAGGGCCCUGGGAGCCAGAUCUCCUCCUCCUCGACCUCGUCCACGUCAGAUAAGGGUGACGAUGGUGAAGAUAGUGAUGGCCGGGACGAGUCUGAGGAUGGCGAGGACACAGCCCUGUCAGGGGCGAGUGAGAAGGAGGAAGGGGACUCAGGUGGAGAGGAGACAGUGAGCAUCGCCGCCUCCCAGGCUGGAGCCGGGUCCUCCAGUGAGAGCUCCGAAUCUUCUGAGUUCGAGUCAAGCUCUGAGUCCUCAUCGUCAUCCUCAGAGGAUGAAGAGGAGUUGGUGGCAGGAGAGGAGGAGGAAGAUGAGGAGGAGGAAGAGGUGGUGGAGGCAGCCGCAGAUGAGAGCAUGGCUCCAGCUGCUCCUGACAAGGACUUGGAGAAGGAUGAGGACACAGGGGCACCCGCGAUGGAGUCCUUGGAUGCGGAAGAGGAGGUGGACAUUGAGGCUGAGGACCGGGCCCUUGAGGAGCAGACUGGCAUGCUGGAAGAUGCCCCCUUGCCUGUGGUUAUUGAGCUGGCUGGCUGCAAGGAACCCCCUAAGGAGUCAAGCCUAAAUCAGGAAGGGACGAGGUUGUUGUCUGCAGAGCUCCCUACCAGAGAGAUGGAAGUCCAGCCCCCACCAUCCCUGGAGCCCACCCCAGAGGGUAACCUGGAAGCAGAGCCUGAGCGUCCGACGCUGCUCUCCUUGCCCGUGCAGCCGCCACUGCCACCACCACUGCCACCCCCUCGGCCACCCCGGCCGCCCAGCCCGCCACCAGAGCCUGAGACCCCAGAUCCUCCACACCCCUCUGUACCUCUGGAGCCUCCCCCUGAGGACCAGCCCCCACGUACUCCAGGCCUUUGUGGCAAUCUGGCCAAGUCGCAGAGCACAGAAACAGUGCCAGCCACACCGAGUGGGGAGCCCCCACUAUCAGGGGGCAGCAGCAGCCUGUCACUGAGCUCCCCACAGGUGCCCGGCAGUCCCUUUUCUUACCCAUCCCAGUCUCCCAACUUGAGCAGUGGGGGCCUCCCAAGGACACCUGGCCGGGACUUCAGCUUUACUCCCACCUUCCCCGAGCCUGGGGGGCCCCUGCUCCUGCCUGUCUGCCCCCUCCCAGCUGGCCGGCGUGAUGAGCGGUCUGGCCCCCUGGCCUCCCCGGUGCUCCUCGAGGCAGGCCUGCCGCUCCCCCUGCCCUUGCCCUUACCCCUGCCCUUGGCAUUGCCUGUGCCUGUCCUGAGGGCCCAGACUCGGGCCCCUGCCCAGCUGCCACCCCUGCUGCCUGCCCAGCUGGCUCCAUGCCCACCCCCCAUCAAGAGGAAGCCGGGCCGGCCCCGGCGAUCCCCGCCGGCUGUGCUCUCCUUGGAUGGGCCCUUGGUCCGGCCACCAGGAGGGGCUGCCCUCGGCAGGGACCUCCUGCUCCUGCCAGGCCAGCCACAGACCCCUGUCUUCUCCAGCACCCAUGACCCCCGGGCUGUGACCCUGGACUUCCGGAACGCGGGGAUCCCAGGCCCCCCACCGCCCUUGCCCCCUCAGCCCCCACCACCUCCACCUCCACCACCUGUUGAGCCUGCCAAGCUGCCCUUUAAGGAGCUAGAGAACCAGUGGCCCUCUGAGGCCAUCCCUCCAGGUCCCCGAGGGCGUGAUGAGGUCACCGAGGAGUUCAUGGACCUGGCCAAGAUGCGGGGGCCAUGGCGUCGGCCGCCUAAGAAGCGCCAUGAGGAUCUGGUAGCCUCAGCCUCGCCUGAGCUCUCGCCACCACAGCCCCUCUUCCGGCCCCGGUCAGAGUUUGAGGAGAUGACCAUCCUGUAUGACAUCUGGAAUGGUGGCAUUGAUGAGGAGGACAUCCGCUUCUUGUGCAUCACCUAUGAGCGGCUGCUGCAGCAGGACAACGGCAUGGACUGGCUCAAUGACACCCUCUGGGUCUACCAUCCCUCCACCAGCCUCUCUUCAGCUAAGAAAAAGAAACGGGAUGACGGCAUCCGUGAGCACGUGACAGGCUGUGCCCGCAGCGAGGGCUUCUACACCAUUGACAAGAAGGACAAGCUCAGAUACCUCAACAGCAGCCGCGCCAGCACCGAUGAGCCCCCCACAGACACCCAGGGCAUGAGCAUCCCAGCGCAGCCCCACGCCUCCACGCGGGCAGGCUCGGAGAGGCGCUCAGAGCAGCGCCGCCUGUUGUCGUCCUUCACUGGCAGCUGUGACAGCGACCUGCUCAAGUUCAACCAGCUCAAGUUCCGUAAGAAAAAGCUGAAAUUCUGCAAGAGCCACAUUCACGACUGGGGCCUGUUUGCCAUGGAGCCCAUUGCUGCUGAUGAGAUGGUCAUUGAGUAUGUGGGCCAGAACAUCCGCCAGGUGAUUGCGGACAUGCGGGAGAAACGCUAUGAGGAUGAGGGCAUUGGUAGCAGCUACAUGUUCCGGGUGGACCACGACACCAUCAUUGACGCCACCAAGUGCGGCAACUUUGCACGCUUCAUUAAUCACAGCUGCAACCCUAACUGCUACGCCAAGGUGAUCACAGUAGAGUCGCAGAAGAAGAUCGUCAUCUACUCGAAGCAACACAUCAACGUCAACGAGGAGAUCACCUAUGACUACAAGUUCCCCAUCGAGGACGUCAAAAUCCCCUGCCUCUGCGGCUCUGAGAACUGCCGGGGGACCCUCAACUAGGCUGGCGCUGGCACCCAGAGGAAGCACGCCAGCCGCCGCCCUGGGUCUCCCAAGUGCGGACCCCACGGCCCCAGGGCCCGGCCCCCUUCCACCCCAUUUCAGGUGCUGUCCCUCUACCCAGCGGCCAUGUCAGGGCUGGCGCCCCCAACACUACCCCAGGACCUGCCCACAGCUCCAGCCCCCUCAGGGGGAAAGGGCUUCUCUGUCUCAGCCCAUGUCUCUUUUGUUUUUUAAAGACUCCCUUCAGGAUCUUUGUUUGAUGCCAACAUAAACCUCCCUGUCUCUGUCUUUCCCUGGCUCUCCCCUCCCCUUUCUCCGUCUCUGUCCAUCUGUCUCCUCCUCUCUCUUGUCUUUCUUCUGUCCUUAUCAUCAGCCUCUUCCCAUGAAUGCUGCUAUGUUGUUUUGUCUUCUCUUUAUUUUCUUCUUUGUUAUAAAAAAAGACCUUUUAAUUGUUGAAAUGUGAAGGCAGAAUUAGGGAGUGAGGACCUCCAGUGGGGGCUACAGAGGCCUCGGUUCAAUGGUGUGUUGGCCCAUGUUUCUGAGCCCUGCCGAGACCAGAGCACUGGGCCUGGUGCUGCAGAGAGGAGGGGAGUUGGACCAGGCAGCUCUGACCUCAGAACGCUACGGAAGGGCCCAUCUCUGCUGGUGGACUCAGUGAAGAGAAGACCCUCCCUGUCUGUUCCUUUCCCAGCAACCUGGGGGCGCCACUUCCCCUGGCAGAGCCUGGUGGAGCCAAGCUAGUCCCACCCAGGCAGGAAUUUCGCCCUGGGCUCAGCCUGCCACCCCAUACCCUGUCACCCCCAAAUCUUGGGUUCAAUGUUUACUUUCUCAUUCGAAUGCCAGCAAUGAGGGAGUCUCCCGGAGGCUCCUGUGUGGGCAGUGGGGGGGCACUGGGAAGGGUCGUGUCCACUCCCUCCUGCCCUUGCCUUCGCCUUGUGACAGGAGGGCCUCCCAGGGCGGGUGGGCCCCCAGUCCCGCCACUACGGGUCCCAACCACGCUGUGUGCAUGUGGCAUAGUUCUGUUCAUAAGCUUUGCCGGCUAGCCCCCAGCCCACACCCUUAUCCACCCUGCCAGCAGCCCCUCACCUCAAGAAGUCAAGAACAUAUUUAUUUUUGGAGUGAGAAGAUUAUUUCUCCCACAGAAAGGAAAAUCUUGGGAAAGAUUUAAAAACUCAGAUCUGACAGGUUUUUUUGUAAAUCCUUUUUACCCCUUCCCAUCCUCCUCUUCAGGGUUUAUUUCCAUGAAUUUCUUUUUCUUGUGUGUGUAUAAAAUCAAAACGAAGGGAAAAAUAGGUUUUUGAAGUUCAGAACCAACUUCUGUAUAUAGGCUGCCAUAAAGGACUUUUUCUCGGGAACAUUGUUUCUUGUAGAAACUUGUGGGAAGACUUUUGCUCAUUUCUUUGUACUUCCAGAAAAACCACACACGCGCGCGCACACACACACACACACACACACACACACACACACACACGCAAGCAAGUCCCCCACACCCCAGAGAGCAGAGCAGGCAUGUAAAUAAUUUAUGGAAAGUGACUGUUGUGACCAGGAGUCAUCUUCACCAAGAUGGGAAAGCUCCCGGAGGGGCCGCCCCACCCUGCAGACGCAGCCCGGGAGCCCCUAGUAUCUCAGCUUGUGUCAAGCUUGUUAUGUAAAUUCUGUACAAAGGAUUGUUAUUUCUCUCUUUUUUUUUGUCUUUGGUGGUUUUGUUGGGUUUUUUUUGUUUAUUAAUUUCUUCACCCCAUGCCCUCUCUGUUUGAGACUGUGCCCACCGGUUUCAGUGUCAAGAUUGAUGAAAUCAGUGGCAUUAAGACACAGAGAUGGGACCUGGGCACAGCGGCUACCUUCUCUUCGGUUUGCGGUUUUCUGCCUAAUUGUGCAACCAAGGAAAUAUUUAUUUUUCACAUGAAGAAAUGUGUAGUUUGUAGAGAUGACUGAUUUAAGUUACUUGUGCAUCCCCCAAGGGGCUGUCCUCGUUCUUUCCCCAACCCCCAUAAAAUAAGUGGAUGGAGAUGUGAGGGAACCAGGGCCCAGGGGCCAGCUUCACCCCCACCCUGGCCUCACCUUGCCCAGCCUGUGAGGGGCUGCUCCCUCCCUGUCCCCAGGAACCCCCACCCCAUCCCCAAAAUGGUUUGCCACAUCCAGAAAUGUGUUGGCUCAUUUUUCUUUCAGUGCUUUCAUUUUCAUUGAACAAAUCUUUGCUUUCAAAGAGCUGGGGGGUUCUUUUUUUUUCCCUUGUCCGUCCCUCUGAACCUCCCUCCUCUUGCAAAGAAGAGAACCCAUAAGGUUUAGGGAUGUUUGUGCAUAUAGACUCUGUCAUCUGUAUGUAACCUGUUUUGAAGAGAAGUGUUUCCGUUGUGGGUGUGUCUUGCUGUAAAUAUUUGUUCAUAUUUUUGUGAAUUCAAUACUAUGUACCAUUGUAUUAUAGUAACUUUUAUAAAGCAGACCAUAAAUAUACUGACUUUUCUUACA